GCCGCCGCCGGGUGCCCGCCGCGCCAUGGAGCCGCCGCCGCUGCUGCCGCUGCUCGGCGUGGCCCUCGUGCUGCUCUGCUCCGCAGGUCUGACAAGAAGCCUAACAAUAACUUCAGUUGACCAGUCAAUGUUUGAAAAGGCACAAGGAGAGAAAGUUACGUUGCCAUGCACGUUUGAACUCUCGGCAGAAGACGAGGGACCACUAGAUAUUGAGUGGGUAUUGAUACCAGCAGAUAAUCAAAAGAAGGAACAAAUAAUAAUUAUGUAUGCUGUAGACAGGGUUUAUAAUCAUUAUUAUGCUGGUUUGACUGGGCGAAUGCAGUUUACUAACCUUGAUCCCAAAUCUGGUGAUGGUUCACUGGAUAUCCUGAAUUUAAAAGCAUCAGACACUGGCACAUAUCAGUGCAAAGUGAAGAAGGCUCCUGGAGUUCAAAGCAAGAAAAUACAGUUGACUGUACUUGUAAAGCCAGCACGGACUAAGUGUUCCAUUGAAGGAUCACAGGAGAUUGGAAAAGAUGUUACCUUGAAAUGUGUGUCACAAGAAGGAUCCCCACUUCUGUCUUACGACUGGAGGAGAGUGUCUGGCACACAGAAUCUGCCUGCCACUUCUGUGCUGAAUAAAAAUACAGGGGAGCUUCUUCUGAAGAACGCCUCUCGAGAGUACUCUGGCACAUACAGCUGUGUGGCCACAAACAGAGUUGGCACAGAUGAAUGUUCUGUUGAGCUGAAUGUCACCCCUCCCGUAAAUACAGCUGGUAUAAUUACUGGAGCUAUUAUAGGAACUCUGCUGGGUCUCUCUGUACUGUGUUCUAUCAUCUUCUGUUUUUGUAAGAAGCACAGAGAGAAGAAAUACGAGAAAGAAGUACAUCAUGACAUCAGAGAAGAUGUUCCACCUCCAAAGAGUCGCAGCUCUACAGCUCGCAGCUACAUUGGCAGCAAUCGCUCCUCCCUGGGCUCAAUGUCUCCCUCCAACAUGGAAGGAUAUACCAAAACUCCAUAUAGCCAAGUCCCAAGUGAAGACUUUGAACGUGCUCCUACUCAAACCCCAGCCUUUGCACCUUCAAAGGUAGCUGCACCUAAUUUAAGUAGAAUGGGAGCUGUUCCUGUGAUGAUUCCAGCACAAAGCAAAGAUGGGUCGAUAGUAUAAAAUAUUAUUAAUUUAAAAGCUGUUUUUUUAAAGUGUUCAUUGUAAGUAUUAGAGAAAAAUACUGUGUUCCAUCCCUCAUUUAAACACUGGCAUGAAAUUUUCCUUGAAGAAAAUAUACAAGUGAGUUUGAAAAGCCACCAAUUCUCAUGUUUAAUUUUAAAUUUAUUCGCAUAUGAUAGUUGAACUAUUUGCUAAAAACGUUGAAGUUCAUAAAUAAAUAUCGGACACUGAAGGUAUUUGGACCUCUGGUAGGUUGCUGAGGAGGUUCUGACACUGUCAGCUAAUGUACAGUUCUGAAUGUGUAACAGUGAGACACAGGUGAGAAACAGCAAAAGCAUUUCAUGUGUAGACCAUGAAGUUUCUCAGAGUUCCUGAGACUUUAUUCUCAGUUGUGGAAUAACAGAAAUAUUUUAACUUGGCCACUGUCUGGUAUAGUUGCAGGGGGUUGAAAUACCAAGGAUGACUUUGAAUUCUGUUCAAAUUGAGUAUUUAUGUGGUUCUUUAACCUGGUGAUGUUUGUUUGGAGUGCUGGAGCUCUUAAUUGUCAGGGGCAGACAGUCAUUUGAUUGGUUCAAUUAAUUUAAUUAAUCUGUUCUGAAUUUGAAAGAGCCAUGAGUGAAAGUGUGACAGAAAACCUUGCAAGUUCUUUGAAACACAAAUUUUUUUACAGUAACUAGUCCUGGUCCUGUCAGAUAACUUAAUACUUACAUUAUCUGAUGCAAGAGGUCCUAUCAGAUUGUUGGUAGAAGUAUCUAAGCUCUAAAACUUACAGACCAACAGUUAGUGUCACAGCAAGAAUGAGUUAAUGUAUCUUUACACAGGUCUUUAAGUUAGUUGUACCUUGCAUUUUCCAAUGCCUGGUUAGAUACUAAGGCAGUGCUCUUAGUGUUUUUUCCAAAGCAAUUUCCUAGAAGCUCUAUGGGGAUUUGAUGAAGCCUGUUUUAAGUAACUGGUAUUUGAUGUCUUUCCUCUUGCUCUAACCACUGUGGAAACAACUUUUCUUGUAUGCCCCUAAGCAGUAGUCAGUCCUUGUUCAAGAUGCUAAUGCCUGGCUGUAUGAAUUUGCAAGGAGUUCAAAGCUCAUUUUUUCUUGCCUCUUUAACAACCCUAAAUAUUCUGAACCAAUGUUCAGACUGUGGAGAGCAAGUAUUUCAUGUAACAGAGAGAAAACAAUUAUCCAGAAUUGUUGAUACAAAUCUCAUGUUGCAAGAAUCAAAAUGCUUCUUCCCGAUUUUGCAAACUUAAAGCAAUACAGGAGAAACACAACAAUUCCUUGUCUUACUUUCACAUGUGUU